CCACCUCUUUAAGAAAGAAAGCCCUAAUCAUCUCACAUCACAUCCCUUGAGAAACCAGCUUCCCGAAGCUUCCUACCUUCUCUUGUUUUCUACCUCUAUAUAUCAAUCAAUCCACAAAUCUAUAUAAUCUUGGAACCCUAAUUAUCAAUCGCUUUCCAGAAAUCACCGCCCAUCAAAGUUUAUAGAAAGAUCGAAUUGUUUGAUUAGUGACGAUUGUAUCCCUUAUCCAUUGCUUGAUUCAUCUCCCGAUCGUUUCCUUUACUUGUUUUUUUGUAAAGAUCGCACCUUUUUGAGCUGUUGUUGUCUGAAUCUUCGAUUGAUUGUUUGAGAGAGAAGCAAAAGAUGGUCGGUGGUGGAAACAGGAGAGACGAAGGAUCGAUGAUGCCGAUUCAGAACACCAACUUGUUCGCUGCGUUGGAUACUCGUAAGAAGAAGAAGAAUAAGGCUGGUGGUGGUAAGAGCAAGGGCUCCUCCUCCUCCUCCUCGUCGCAGCACAAGGAGCCUGAGCCACAGGUCUUCUGGGCACCUACGCCUCUCAAAGCCAAGGCUUGGGCCGAUAUCGACAGCGACGAUGAAGACGAUGACUAUUUCGCUACCACCGCUCCUCCCCAGUCCUUGUGGAAUGCUUCUGAUGCGAAAGAGACUAACGUUGAGCAGGAAAGUGAAAGUGAAGAAGAUAUUCUUGGUGAAGGUGAUGAUGAUGAUGAUGAUGAUUUGGAGGAAGAGCAUGAGACGCAAGUUCAUCCACAAGCAGCAGAGCCUGAGGUGAAGAAGGCUCCUGAAGUUGCUGCACCACCUAAGGAGGCAGAGAGGCAGCUUUCCAAGAAAGAGAGGAGACAGAAGGAACUUGCUGAGAUUGAUGCUUUGUUAGCUGAUUUUGGAAUUGCGCCCAAGGAUACUAAUAAUCUUCAAGAGAACACUCAAGAUAAGCAGGAAAAGAAAGAAGUCAAUGGAGAAGGAGAGAAGAAGGAGAACGCAACCGGAGAAUCAAAGGCAUCAAAGAAGAAGAAAAAGAAGGAUAAACAGAAGGAGGCAAAAGAAUCUCAGGAAGAAGUGAAGAGCAACGCAGAUUCUGCUGCUGGAGGUGAGCCCGCUGAACAGGAGCAGGAGGAGGCUGCUUCUUCUUCCAUGGAUAUCCAAGAAAGGAUAAAGAAGAUUGCAUCGAUGAAGAAGAAGAAGUCAAGCAAAGAGACUGAUGCCGCUGCGAAAGUUGCAGCACAAGAAGCAGCUGCGAGGAAGGCAAAGCUGGCUGCCGCAAAGAAGAAGAAAGAGAAGAAUCACUACAACCAGCAGCCAGUGAGGUGAAAUCGAUCGCACCCCAACCCACCCGUUUUGAUAUAUGAACAUGUGUUUCCCUCCUCUUUCUGUUCAUAUGAGACUUGGCUUUUGUUAGAAUCUUUUGAAUGUGGGGGAUCUUGUUGAGUCGUCGUACUUAUACAGAUGUGACUUUGAUCUUUUGAUUGUGUUAUUUUUACACAACCGGACAUAACAAGAAAAGCUUUCUCUUUAAAA